GGCUCAGGCUGCCGACUAAGUGCAACCUGAAUUAGCUAUGGCCUCACCGUUGUUAAUUCUGCGCCCGGGCAUGGCUCCGGACGCUCUCGCUCUCUGUUCCCGCUGCUUCACUCGCCAAACCUUGCAACCAGUGGGGUUCACGCGGCGAGGCUUCAUCGCGAGCGGCAUCUUAAAAAACAAGGGAUCUCAAGUUUCGGCAAUGCCUAGGAUCCUGAGGAAAGCAUACUUUUCCUCCAAUGGACUACCAACCGGCUAUUUGUCGAGAAAUGGCCUGGCCCAAUGGUUGAGAAAAAAGCCGCUGCAUGCUAAUCGAUCACCUCUCUUCCACUCCGCAGCUCCUACAGUUGGUUCCCAAUCGCCAACUGCGUCAUCAAUUGGGACAAAAGACAACCCGUCACCUCCUGGCUCCCCCGAGGAACUUCCCCAUCGAAGACGACAACGACUGAAGGCUGAACAAGAAGCCAAAUCCUCCAACAAUGACAUUCGCCCUGACGCCUCCUCCCGCCUCUCCACAUUAUCAUCCUCUCUCCCGAAGUCCUCCCUACGGGGAACAAUGGCAGCGUACCUCGCUCUUACAAAACCAAAUCUAUCCUUCCUCGUAGUUCUCACUGCGACAACUGCUUAUGGUCUCUACCCAAUCCCGACACUCCUUGCAUUAGACUCAUCAGUAACGCCUCUCCCGGCACUAUCCACUUCUACUCUGACUUUUAUUUACCUCACAAUUGGUACCUUCCUCGCAUCUGCAAGCGCCAACACCCUAAACAUGUUCUUUGAACCCCAAUAUGACGCGCGAAUGUCACGUACUCGUAACAGGCCCCUGGUUCGCAAACUCCUAUCCCCCAGAGCCGCCCUAAUAUUUGCUGCUGUGACAGGGACAGUAGGUGUCACUGCCCUAUACAUGGGAACAAAUCCGACUGUCGCCGCACUUGGUGCUUUCAAUCUUUUCCUGUAUGCAUUCGUUUACACUCCCCUCAAACGUAUUUCUGUGAUAAACACCUGGGUCGGCGCUCUCGUCGGUGGAAUCCCCCCACUGAUGGGUUGGGCUGCCGCUGCCGGCCAAACUGCUACGACAGGCCACGACGGCUGGCGCGACCUCCUCUUCGGCCCUGAUAGUCCUGGCGGCUGGCUCAUGGCCGCGAUCUUAUUUGCAUGGCAAUUCCCACACUUCAACUCCCUCUCCCACACUAUCCGUGAAGAAUACAAGAACGCGGGCUAUAAAAUGCUCGCAUGGACGAAUCCAGCUCGAAAUGGCCGUGUUUCACUGCGUUACUCGAUCCUCAUGUUCCCACUUUGCGCUGGCUUGUGGUGGUUCGGAGUGGUUGAUAAAGGGUUCUUGAUCGGGGGAACGCUGGUCAAUUGCUGGCUAGCCAAGGAGGCGUAUCGAUUCUGGAAACUUCAGGGAGCUGCUGGUAGCUCGAGAGGGUUAUUCUGGGCUAGUGUUUGGCAUUUGCCACUACUGAUGGUAGGGACGCUGAUAACUAAGAAGGGAAUCUGGGAUGGUGUCUGGAGUCGUAUGUUCGGCGAGGAUGACGAAGACGAGGCGGACGAGGAAUAUGAAGUUGAGACGGAAAGAAAACCUGGUAGAGUUCCUGUGGAACCCAUGUUAUCUACGAAACCGAUAACUUGACCGGAUCUUCCCUUUUUUUAAACUAUGGGACAGAAAACCAUGUACACUAUGUAUUUUCACAUAUAUCAUAUCAUCCCGGCUGUCGGAACAAUAAUUUCUUCAUCAGGGGGUUUCUCUAUUGGUUUAGCAGAAACGAUGCUUCCACGCAGAGUCAUUUAUUUAGCCAAGGACAUGUGUUCUAUUGCAGACAUGUCAAGAUCUUUCCACUCAGAUAAGAAGAGAAUUGUUCUAUUUUACAA